GUAGUCAAAAUGCUGCCACUAAUUCAGAAAGACACGCGGACACCGCGAGGCCCUCUUGCCGGAAUUAAGGAAAAAUUUCAAACUUGGCUGAGAUUGAUUUAUUCUGAUAAGAAUUCAAGAAAUUUGUUCCUUUUCCUUAUUUUGAAUCUUUCCUUUGCUUUCGUUGAACUUUUCUAUGGAGUUUGGACUAACAGUUUGGGACUCAUAUCUGAUGCAUUCCACAUGUUCUUUGAUUGCACUGGUCUGGUGGCAGGCUUAGCAGCGUCUCUUGUGUCCAGGUGGCGCGCCAAUGAGCGCUUUUCAUACGGUUAUGCGCGAGCUGAAGUACUUGCGGGAUUUGUUAAUGGUCUGUUCCUGUUGUUUAUUGCAUUCUUCAUUAUGAGUGAAGCAGUAGAAAGGGCUAUUGAACCACCUGAGGUGAAGCACGAACGUCUUCUGCUUGUAUCCAUACUUGGGUUCCUGGUCAACUUGGUGGGCAUAUACGCGUUCCACCACGGCCACGCCCACGGGCACUCGCACGGCGGCCACGGCCAGUCCCACAACCACAAUCACUCGCACGACCACGACCACGACGACAUCGAUGCGUCCACAGGUGCGGGCUCCGCGAUCAUGCGCGGGGUCUUCCUUCACGUACUGGCCGACACUCUCGGCUCCGUUGGCGUCAUCGUGUCAGCGAUACUGAUGCGCACCUUCGGCUGGAUGCGCGCUGAUCCCAUAUGCUCAAUGGCCAUAGCUUUGUUAAUAGCCGCGAGUGUCUUACCCUUAGUGCGUGACUCUGCCGGUGUGCUCAUGCAACGGACUCCAACUUCUUUAGAGCGUGCCUUACCCAACUUGUACACUCGAGUGGUGGGCCUUGCGGGCGUUCACGCGGUACAAGAACCGCACUUCUGGACUUUAUGUAGUGACGUGCAUGUAGGCGCAUUAAAACUGGAAGUGGCCAGAGAGGUAGACCCUAGAUACGUUACGGAUCAAGCCGCCAGGAUAUUCCGCGAGGCGGGCGUGAAGCAUCUAACGGUCCAAUUGGAUUAUUCCCCACUAUGAUCCUAAGAUAAUUGAAUUAAAUCACAAUUGUAC